GUUACAAGAUGGCGGAUAUAUCCUACAUCCAGACAGAGGAUCUAGAGGACCCGGACGAGGCAAUGGAAGCCGAGGAUGACGAAGAGAUCAUUGACAGUGAGGGCUCCAGAAUCAUUUUUUCGUCAGGUAUCAAGUGCGAUGACGGCGGUGACGAAGGCGGAGGAGACGAACAGCUCCUUCAAAUCAACCGGCUGCAACAACACGCCAGCUCGGAAAAGAGCUUCAAUCGACAAAUGGUUGGGCGUAUAUUGGUGGAAAUGUUUCGCGCAGCGGUCAAUAACAAAAUAACGUUAAUUGUCGAAGAGGUCAUGCAACCAAUGCAACUUGUUAUCAAUGAUAAUGAUGCUUUGGUACGGUCGGACCUAGUGGAGCAAAUUCCAAAUGUGGCGAUUAUCUGCCACGAAGCACCGCAUCUCUUCGGCGAUGUUCUCCGCAAUCACCUACUCGAUAUCGUGAUGAAGUACCUGAACGAUCAGGACAAUCAGGUACGACAAAUGGCCCAAAGCGCACUGACAACAUUGAUGAAACGAGACCUCCUUGAUAACAACAUGAUCGAGAAUAUUAUCUGUCCUACGAUAGAAAAACUUUCUUACAUGUGGCAAUUAGGAUCCCACGAUAUGGCCGACGAACAUACUCGAAACGCGAACAUCUCCCUCAUGUGUAGAUUGGCACCGCUGAUUGGUAGCGAACUUACAGAAAAGGUCUUUCUGCCACGAUACUUAGACCUAUGUGAAGAUAACGAUAUGAUGGUGAGGAGAAUCUGCGCUACUCACUUUGGGGAAAUGUGCACUGCUGUGGGAAAGGAGAAACUGUACAGCAAAUUGAUUCCUAUGUUUAUUGAUCUAUGCGGCGACAGAAUAUGGAACGUGCGAAAAGCGUGCGUCGAGGUCAUGAUGCCGGUUUCUUGCUGUUUGACGCCCGAACAUCGGCGAUUGUUACUUGCGGAUAUACUGGCUAAGCACUUGAUUGAUGACUCCAAAUGGGUACGAAUAUCGGCUUUUCAGAUACUUGGACCAUUCAUAUCAACUUUCGCCAAGCAGUUCGCCGAAGUCACUUAUAAUAAGAAUGGUGAAUUAGUGUAUAUCAGUAAGCAGGAUAAUCAUCCCAGUAUAUGUUACUCAUACGAAGGAAUCUUUCCUAUGAAGAGCGCGAUCAAAAAUCAAAUACCAGAUAUGGACGAAGAUAUGAUAGCAAAUGCCAAAUACAGAUAUAAUACUAAAAGUCCAUUUUAUCUGCCUAUGAUGAACGUGAGACAUGAAGACGUUAAAGUAUCGGAAGAAGAUGAUUCCGUAAAAGAAGAUGAUUGCCAAAAAGCGGAACUUGACUGUCCAAAAUCUUGUGAAAUAACGUAUCAAUUAAAAAUAGAGAAAGAAAAACGUGAUGCGGAGAAAUAUAAUCCAUUUUUAUAUUAUUAUAUACCUCCGGAUAUACCGCUGGAUGAUGAACUUACUCACGCCGCAAGGCAAUCGGCAAUGAAUCGUAAAGAUAUGUCUGAAAUUCCUUUCGUGGAUCAGAGUAUAGUUGAUUCAUUUUUGAAUUCCUCUUCCAAAAAUCCAGGUCCUAUUCUGAAUUCGAAUAUGGAUGAUUCAAAUAUAAACGAGCAAUCAAACGAUGACUCAAAUGUAAACGUCUUUGAAAUGAUCAAAUUCUUCGAUAAACAAAAGGAAAAGCAAGAUGACGAUAAACAAAUGGAAAAACAAAAUGACGAGUAUAUCUCUCCAGUCGAUAGAUGUACACGCCCUCGAGUUCGAAAAGAUUUUCUAAAAACUUUACGAGAAAAGUACGAGGAGUGUAAUCUAGACAGAAAAUUUUAUAUAUAUGACGAAGAUUCUAUAGGCAAGAGUGAUGAAUCUUGUAAGAAUUUAAAUGCGAAACAUAAUAAACAAGAGAUCGUACCUCAAGAAUUAAUCAAUUAUUUUGUAUCAAUGGCCGACCCGGGUCAAUGCGUGUUCAUGAGUGCCGAGAUCCCACAUUAUUGUGCCUUUAGUUUUCCUGCAGUCGCGCUCACGCUGGGCAAAGAGAAUUGGCAUUACUUGAAGAAGGCUUAUCAAUUGUUGUCGAGCGCGAAACACUGGAGAGUUAGGCGUACUCUAGCAUCCAGCAUUCAUGAGAUUGCUAUGAUUUUAGGCGAAGAACUCACUGCUACUGAUCUCGUACCAAUUUACGAUGGUUUUAUUAAAGAUCUCGACGAGGUCAGAAUAGGUGUGCUCAAGCACUUUGCAACUUUUCUGAAAAUACUCAAACCCGUCGAUCGCUGUCAAUAUCUAUCAAGACUGAGCGAUUUCCUUGCCACAGAUAACGAAUGGAAUUGGAGGUUCAGAGAGGAACUAGCCACACAAUUGCUCGAGAUUGUAAGUCUGUUCAGUCCGAGCGAUGUGGCCCAAAGUAUCGCGCCGCUGUCUUUCCAACUGCUUGUAGAUAAAGUUGCUGCUGUUAGAACCAUCGCUCUUGAACUGAUCACACGAAUAAUGUGCUACUUGUCCAACGAGGAUGCUCUGGUAAUGUCCCUUAUUCACGAACUUCGAGAAACUCUAGUUCUAGACGCUAAAAAGUGGAUACAUCGGCAAACUUAUGCGCUUGUAUGUGCCCACCUAAUUCGUAACAACGCAAUCCCGGAAGAGAAGUUUUCUAAGGAAAUGUUACCAUGUUUGAUAAGUUUGUCGUGUGAUAGAGUACCUAAUGUAAGAUUAGCCGUUGCGAGAACUAUAGCAACGGAUGUGAUUGCGAUGGGUGUAGAUAAUUUGGGCAUAGACGCGAUGGAAGAAGUGGAAAGAAUACUUACGAAAAUGCGCGUUGAUGUGGACCGAGAUGUACGAGUGUUAGCCGGAGGUGAAGAGCAGCAAAUAGACAUACUAGCUUAUUGUUCCUCUGAUGAGAAUAACCAAGUCGAACAAGCAAGAAAUAUACUAUUUUAAUAGUGAUGUAUUCUGAUCUCAUGGAUCGCGACGAAGUCACUGUGGUUUUAUAUAUAUAUAAGAGGGAAAUGAACUCCAUAUAUAUAUAUAUAUAUAUACACACACACACACAAUAUCACAAUAUGCGCCUUGGUUCUUCUUCCACACAAGUGACUUCUUGUUAAAUGAUAAGCCAAAAAUGUGCAAAUAGCUGUGAACAUCAAGCUUUGAUUGCAAUCUGACAUAUAUCAGAUCUACCGGAUAAUUACAAUUGCAGAUAAGUCGACGAUGUUAAAACAACGCUCAAAGUUAUCAAAUAUAGCAUUCACAAUUUAAGUAGUCGAAUGAUAGGUAAGAUUACAAUUUUCAUUGUUGACUGAUUUGCGUCCUUUUAAUCUAGGACAAAAUUGUGAAUGCCAAUGCGCACGAUACGUGACUAUUGAUACUAAUUACGUAACGAUACAUGGUUAAGAAAAUUCAUAUGUAUGCGUGAAUACAUACGCGCGAAGAAUAGAUGCGUUUUAUUAAUGUGAUCAAUUUGUAUAUGUAACGCGAUGUGUUCUCCUGAAUAAGUCAAAUAUUAAAUAAUUGAAGGCGUUACAUUCGCAUUGUCUUUCUCAUUCGCUUAAUUCAUUUCACGAAUGUUCGAUUAUACAACUUUCGAUACUAUAUCUUGUAUCAUUAUUUUGUAGCAUUUUUUUAUUGUACACUUAGUCAAAAGUAAGAUGCAGCAUAACAUCAAAAUGUAAAUUAAAUAAGGUGCAUUUUGUUUAAAUCAGCAUUUACGAAUGUGCCAUGCAUGAGAAUAUUUUACAGAUUAUUUCAAUAAACAUGUCGGAUAAUUGACACAUUCUAAAAAUAUGUUCGAUGAAAGAAAAAUAGAUACUAAUUAUAUUUGCACGCUAGAAAUCUUAAUCUUUAUCAACAAUUGUUUUUAAUUAUCAAACGUCCAUUUUAUCUUGCAUUUAAAAGCAAUCUUGAUGGAUAUCUUGUCCAUUAAGUGCCCAGAAAAAAAAAUUAAAAAUAAAUUGUUGAUGAUUGAAAACUUAUACUGACAACGUAAUAAUAUUCCAAUUGUGAUAAAAUUUGCCGCAUAAACAUGUUAUAUUUGCUUUUGAAUAUUCUUUGACAAAGAAUUGCUUAUAGAGAGUAUGUUAUCUAGCUUAUUAAUAUUUAAUGAAUUAUACGUUGCUCAUACAAUACACUAUGAUUCUUACGUUACGCCUAAAUUGAUAGGAUAAAAAUGUUAAAUAGUCGACUGAAUUUUAUUAAUAUUUUUUAAAUCGGAGCAUCACAGAAAACGAACGUAAGAAAAAAUGUAUUGUAGAAAACUUUAUAAAUAUUGUACGAUAUCAGAUUUUAUAACAUACAAAAAUGUACGGAUUGCUGAUAGAGCAAAGUCCUGCGCCAUUUGAUUGGGAAAAAAAAGCAGAAAGCAUUGUAUAGAUUCGUAUCUACUUGCACGGAAAAUAUACGCUCGUUAACAUUUUGUAACACGAUUAUUAGCAAGGGGCGGACAAUCGUAUCUUGUGUGACUUAGUGACAUUGAAUAUGAUUGAACUGCUUACUCUUUAAUCAAUAAAUCCUGGUUAUUUGUGAAUACUGAAGGCGAAGAAGGAGAUAUUGUUUAAAAUGCUGUAUAAUAUAUUAUGUAUUUGAUAAUGAGACGAUGAGAAAUAUACAUCAAACGAUUUGUUAUGCAAUUAUACAAAAUGCAAACUGUGUUAUACAUGAAUAAUUAAUAAAGAAGGAAAGUUCACGAGGCUGUAAAAAAAUUUUGUUCAUCAAGUUUUAUACAACGAUAACGUUUGUAACUUGCGAAUUUCAAGAAUUUCAUCGUUCAAACAAUUUUCUCGGGAUGAAUCGUCAUCGAUUGUUAAUUGCAUUUUUGUAACUUUGAAAGUUCCUAUGUAAUGUGAAACACAAGCACGUGAUCCGAAAUGAUAAAAAUCUUUGUACGAAAAUUGUUAUACAGAAAAAAAGAACAGAAUAAAAUGAAUUUCAAAGAAUUUGAUACUUCGCGAACGUUCCUUAUCGAGAAGCGAUUCGAAAUCCUUAUUCAUGAAGAGCGCAGUUAGAUAAAUAAAUAAUUCUA